GUCGGUGCAUACAGGGUCCUCACAGACACCCGCUGCCCUCGGUUGUGGGACCCUGCAACAUCGCCCCACAAACCCCCAAACACUGCCCCCAACUACCUCCCCCAUCGGAUUCCGCUCUCUCACUGCCCUACAGCCCCCAACCCCUCCGCCCACCAAAUACCAACCUCUUGUUCCCCGGACCCUCUCCACAAUCCCACAGCCCCACCGGAUACCGUCUCCUCCCAGCUCCCCCCUCCCACGAGGAGGUCACCCCAGACCAUAGCUCCACCAGAUUCCACCUCCUCCCAUCACCCUACAGCCCCACCAAAUACUACCCUUUCUGGUGGAACCACUAGGUGUUGAGAUCAUGCCCUUUUCCCUCUCACACCACCCAGUAGCUCCACUGAAUACUCCCUCCUGACACUGCUUCUGUACCCCAUCGUUGUUUCCCCGCAAGCUCGGCUUUACUCCUGUCUCACUGGUCUUUCUUUCAGUGUUACAGCAAUGGGCUCAUGUUCUGUUCCCGUGUCUUUCAAUUAACUACCCUAUUUCCCUCAGAAUCUAAUCCUCUUUUCAUUUUAAUCCUCAAUAUUACCAACGCACUGAAGAAAUAAAAAUUUUGUUUUGACUGGAUUUCAAAAAACACCCCACAUACCCUUAAAUUUGCUCUCUAUCCUCAGGCUAACUGUUGGGCCGGCCACUUUCAUACAAGUUUCCCUAUAAAAGGAAAUAAUCAUUGUUUAAUUUUACUGAAAUGUGGGCUGAGGCACAUGGUAUCAAGAACGAGUCCUCUAGUAUAGGGAAUUGAAACAACAUGGGGAAUUGAUCAAGAAAACACACACCUAAAUGUACAACUGCUAUCAAAAAUUCUCACAUCUUGCCCCGUUGAGACUGAAUCCCUGAUCCUGAUCAAGAUCAAGAGAGGUUGUAAUGAGAUUGGAAUCAGAUCUUAAUUGUGCUUCAAUUCGUAAAGUCUUAUUUAUCUGGUCCUCCAGUAGGAUUGGUAAGUGCAGAUACCUGCUUCUGUGUGGAGCUCUACUAAAGCCACUGGGGCUAUUUGGAGACACAGGUGUUCCCCCUUACGGAUCAGUGUGCAGGAUUGGGAUCUAAUAAAUUGCAUUUCUGGUGCUAGCUUUCAGCAAUUGCUUUUAUUGUGAACUUUGUAAGUGUUAGUACAGAUGAGAUAGAAAUGUUUUCAGCACUGUUUCAGAAAGUGAAGUCACAAGCACCCUUUGAUGUGGUAUUGAAAAUAAUUUUUUCCUCUCUUCAGUGGUACUUAAACCAUUUUUGUAUCAGGUCUGGGGAAGUACUUGCUGAAAACCAGUGUUGGCAACUCAACUCGGUAUUGUAAAAAAGGCUUUAAUCUUGACACUGUCAAGGAGUAUAGUCAAAGUCUGAGAAUGAUAUUUUAGAUCAUAACUUGCAGACUUUCAAACCCCAGCUGUAUGACCUGACACAAUAGCUUCUGACACCUUUCACAACCCCCAAAGGAGGUACACAGCAAAUUAGUGAAGUUGAAAGCUUGCAAUAACAUAGGUUUCUUUUCUUUAAAAGAGUGAAGACUUCUCCAACCUCAGAUUCAAGGUUUUGCUUCUCUGAUAACUAAAUUUACAAGAAGAAGUGGUGAGAUAAGUGGGUCUUGCUGGGAUGGAGCAGAAUCCCAAGACAGAGCUGAAUGAAAUCACCAUAAGCCCUUCCCACUGCCCUAAAGUAAACGUGGAUGUGUUGCAAGUGGAGCAGGAGUUGAGCUUCAGGAAACUAGUAGAGAGUUCAGAGUGUCCAGAACAACUGAAAUACGACUUCAACAAAAAUGGUGAACUGAAGCAUCUAGAUACCAAUGAGCCCUUUGUCUUUAAUUAUUACAAAAAUGCACAUGAGAGUAACCAUAAACGCUAUCAAGUUCUGGGACACCUUAUUACACAGUAUGUUUAUGAGCUCCUGGAAAGAGUCUACAAGCUUCAGAAAGUCCACAUCCCAACAGAUGCUACAGAAAAUGAACCCAGGAGUUUCUUUUUCAUCAGCGAGAAAGCAUUAACUAAUUCCUCAAGCGUAAUCGUGCUCCUACAAGACCGUGGAGUCUUUCGGGCUGGUCAGUGGGGGCUGAAGACCAUAAUCCAUGAGGGCCUGGACCAUGGAACUCAAAUACCAUUCAUUAAGACAGCCCUUCAAUGCUAUGGAGGAGUGAUUGUUUUAAAUCCCAAUGACAAUUUCAUUGAUCUGAAGAUGGAAAAUGAGUGGUUAAGUUUAUCUACCAAGGAAGAAUCUUCCACUGUAAAUUCCUCCUGGUGGAUCCCAAAGAGGUGCAGCAGCACCUCAGAAGAGCACACCAUUUAUAUUUGGGAUAAUUUUAUUUCAAAGAGCGCAGCCAAGAAUGUGGCCUUCAUUGCCCAUGGCUAUGGAGGCUUGGUUUUCCUCAACCUGCUCAUUCAGAGAACAUGGGAAGUGAUGAAUAAAGUGUAUUCUGUGGCACUUAUUGACUCCAUGCACCACACGUUACACCAGGUGAAAAAUAAUCCACAAGUGCAAGAAUGGAUACAGAAACAUUGCCGUGAAUGGGUAACAAACAGUAAACCUCUAGAUAGACCCAUAGGUUCCCUCGUGAAAGUGGACUGUCCUACAGUCUCUGCUGGCACCGAAAAAUACAGUUUAGCACCAUCCUCCACCUUACAGGCCAUUUUCAAGUACCUGAAGAGCACACUGAAAGCUAAGAACACAGUAACUUUAUCUCGUUCUCCUAUUGUAACAAGGAGCAGUAAAAAUAAGAAGAGAGGCAAUACAUGCUGAAGUAUUUUUCAGGACUCUUCUCCCUCUUUAAAACCACUCCAUGAAAGCUUGAAAUUGAAGCUGCCAUGUUGGUUUCCUUGCACUGCAGAGUGAUUUAUAUCCCAUAAGGGUGGUAUUGCAUUUCUGAUUUUGAUUGUUGUUGAAAAACUAAUUGGGAGAACAAAUAAAGUUAUCACCAAACAUUAGAAAAGUUUGGUCUUUUCUUUUUGGAAGCUAAUUCUUGCAAUUUCAAAAAAAUAAUUCAUGGGAGCGUUAAAUUUGAGCUCUGCUGUUAUUCCUGCACUUUAAAAUGGCACAUAGUAACAGUGUUAAGGUGAGCCAGAGUUUACCUGCGUUGAUUCUGGAAUCUUAUGUUGUGAAGUUUGUACAUAUCUAAGCUAAGUAGAUUUUGUCAGCAAAAAAAUCUGUAAAUUUCACUGUAAAGGGCAAUUUGGCGUAUGAGAUUAAUGCUAAAGACUCCACAAAUCUAACAUUAGCCUAUCCACUCACCUGGCAGUGCCCAGCAGUUCCUUAUAUAUUCCCCAAUAUUUUUUCCAUUCUUGUUUUGGAUGUCUCAAGCACAGGGGCUUCUACUGCUUCCCUUUAGACACUAGUCUGUCAUCUAAAGAUUCUUCACUGAACCAUACAUUACCAUCUUCCUCCAGUCAGAGAAAUGAGAUAGUCUAAACAUAAUAUAUAGUGGACCAAAUUUAUUAUCAGUGUCACUCCAAUGAAACCAGUGAGAUUACUCUAGUAAUUAAUUUGGCCUCAUUUAACUCCUUUUCAGACUGACUGAUUGCUGUGGAAAUACUGCAGUGUAGUUACCUGGACGGAUUAAAAAAAAAAUAAAAACUUGCCAUAAAAAAAGCAACCUGUAAUUAAAAAA